AUGAAUCUAACCAACCUUACCCUCGGUUCAUCGUUGAAAUCGAAGACGAUACAGCCUACAAUUCUCAGGAGAACCGGACUGUUAUUUCAAUCUAUCACUAUUCGUCCCAAGUCCUUCAAAGCUCUCAUCUACCGUGGUAUUCAUAGUACCAACCUCUUUAAGAUGCCCCAGUACAGGCUUAUCGGAGUCGACAAAUCGGAUUUAAAGCCAACCUUCAAACGAGAAGUCACCGUUGAAGGCCUGGACGACACAAAGCUUUUGCUAGUCCAAGUGGGGGAUAAUGUUACUGCACUCAGUCCCCGGUGCACUCACUAUGGCGCUCCACUUGUCAAAGGGACCCUUACGUCGUCUGGGAGACUCAAAUGCCCCUGGCAUGGCGCUUGUUUCAAUGCCACGACUGGUGAUAUUGAGGACGCUCCUGCUCUAGACUCUCUCAAUAGUUUCCCCGUUGUCUUCAAUGGCGACGAUCUAACUAUUGAAGCAGAGGAGUCCAAAAUCAAACAAUUUAGUCGGGUUCCAACUUAUACUUGCAAACAACUAGUAUCGGAUAACACCGUUCUUAUUGUUGGGGGAGGUUCUGGGGCCAUCGGCGCCCUGGAAGCGCUACGCGGAUAUGGCUACCAAGGAAAGAUUGUCGUUCUUUCGAAGGAACCAUAUCUCCCCAUUGACAGAACGAAACUUAGCAAAGCCCUUAUCACAGAUUCUGAUAAGAUUUCCUGGCGGGAUAUCGGAUUUUUAGAGAGUCUGGGUGUGGAUUUUCAUACUUCUACGGUCGUUAAGGAUAUUGAUUUUGAAAGGCACCUAGUAGAAACAGAAAGCGGUCAGGCUUUCCACUACAGCAAAGUCAUACUUGCUACUGGAGCCAUGCCGAAGAACUUACAGUUGAAGGGUUUCAAAGACCUCGGGAAUAUUUUCGCAAUUAGAACAGUCGAAACUGCUAAAGCUAUUGUUGACGCUGUUGGAUUAGAGGGUGGUAAGAAAAUAGUUGUUAUCGGAAGCUCCUUUAUUGGCAUGGAAGUCGCCAAUUUCCUCGUCGGGAAAAAACAUGAAGUUACGGUUGUCGGGAUGGAAGACGUCCCAAUGAUGCGUGUUAUGGGCAAAGUGGUUGGCGCCUCCUUACAGUCGAUACUAGAGAAAAAAGGAGUGAAAUUUUACAUGAGGGCAACCGUCGAAGCGGCUGAGCCAUCCGAUACGAAUUCUUCCAUCGUUGGGUCUGUUACCCUAAAGGGCGGGAUCUCCUUGAAAGCAGAUGCUGUUAUCCUCGGAGUUGGUGUAGCUCCGGUAACGGAUUACAUCAAGAAUAUUCCGUUGGAGAAAGAUGGUUCCCUCCGCGUGGAUGAAAACUUUCAGGUCGGCAGCGUGAAAGACGCCUAUGCAAUUGGAGAUAUUGCUACAUAUCCAUACAAGGGCCCCGGUGGCUUUCCGGAUUCGGUUGUUCGAAUCGAGCAUUGGAAUGUAGCGCAGAACUCUGGUCGAAGUGUCGCGAAGCACAUUGCAACGGGUAAAACAGCAGAUUUCUUCACGCCAACCUUCUGGAGCGCUCUUGGUUUGCAACUUAGAUAUUGUGGGAGCACUGCGUGUGGCUAUGAUGAUGUGGUCAUUGACGGGAACCUUGAGGAGAAUAAAUUUGUGGCCUACUACACUCAAGGGGAGACAAUUGUCGCCGUAGCGUCUAUGCAGAGAGAUCCGAUUGUCACACAAAGCUCAGAGCUUAUGAGAAGGCAUGCCAUGCCAAGGUUAGUAAACCUCACCGCUGGAGAUAAAAUCUCAGAUGAUUUUGGUGUUUAA